UAUUCUCUUUAUUUAAAAUCUAAAGAUCAAAAAAUUUUCAGGUUUACGAAAUGGCAGCCCCAAAACCUUUCCUUGUACGACUGGUAUCUAGCUCUGUAGCCAUCGCAAAUCGAGCUGGUGUGGUGAUCAGAGAUGUUUUGAAGAAAGGAGAACUUGGCAUUGUAAACAAGUCUGAGGAUGGCUCAGCYGAGUCAUAUGAUCCGCAAACUGAAGCUGAUAGAUUGGCUCAAAAAUGCAUUAUAGGCUCACUAUUGAAGCAAUACCCUGGCUUGAAAGUGGUUGGUGAAGAAGAGGAUGUGGAGGUAAAUGAUCUGAGUCAAGAUCUGCUGGUCACAAACCAGGAUUCUACUGUGCUCCAACAUGAAUGUCCAGAUAAAUACAAGAACAUCAAACCAGAAGACGUUGUCAUAUGGGUAGAUCCAUUAGAUGGAACAAGGGAAUUUACAGAAGGCCUAUACAAUCACUCAACAGUGCUCAUAGGUGUAUCCUGUGCUGGCAGGCCAGUAGCUGGUAUAAUACAUGAGCCAUUCUAUGGCUAUAGGAAAGGAGCCAAGAUAAGUGAAUGUGCAACCUUGGGGCGCACUAUAUGGGGAAUUCCAGGCAUGGGAGCUUUUGGAUUCCAAUGCAAGACUCCACCAGAGGGCCGUAGGAUAAUAACUACAACUCGAUCACAUUCAAACAAGUUGGUAGUUGAAGCUAUUGAAGCUAUGAAGCCAGAUGGCAUCUUGAAAGUUGGAGGGUCUGGCCAUAAAGUAAUGCUUGUCGUAGAGGGUGAAGCUGAUGGAUACAUAUUUGCUAGUGCUGGGUGUAAGCGCUGGGAUACCUGUGCUGGGGAAGCCAUCCUAGAGACCUUGGGAGGAAAGCUAACAGAUGUGUUUGGCAAUCAAGUUACUUAUGACUUUGAAGCAGAAUCUUAUGUUAACAAGGCUGGAGUAGUUGCAUCUUUGAAGAAUCAUGAUUUAUACAUUAGUAUGAUUCCUGAUUCUGUUAAAGAAGGACUCAAAGCAAAGAGUUAAUCCAAUGAUAAAUUACAACUCAACUUAGGAAUAAAUUUUAAUUGAAGAAGYGAAAAAAAAGCUAGUAGGGAAUUAGAUUAAAUUAAAUAAUUAAUUUAAUUAAUUAUUCUUUGAUCUUGAGCUUUAGCAAGAUGAAACUAGUCAAUUAUAAAAAAAUUGAAAUUUGACUCCAAUGACUGUCUGAAAUGUAUCUACAGUACAUGUCYGAAAUGUCAGAAGUUACAAAUUUCUUACAGUAUUUUUAAAGCUUUCUUCCUAUUCAACUGUUGUAUUUAAGUCUCAACUAGCAGCGCAGUAUAAAAACAUCAUUAUUUCACACCACUAUUGUUUCCAAAGUCACAAAAUCAAAAUCACACAAAGUCAAAAACAUAAUUUUAGCUUUUUUUUAAAUAAGGUAUACAUACAUGGAAUGAAUUAAAUGUUUUCCACUAACAAAUCUUCAAAGAUCUACAGUGAUGGAUCUCCUUACAUUGUCUCAUCUGAAUUACAAUUAUAUUCACAACUCACAUAGUCAACCAUGUACAACUUGUUGGAAUAAAUUAUUAUAACUAUCCAACAUUAGUUUCUUUAUUAAUAAAGAGUUCUUUAGCUUUAAA